AAAUUGCAACACAGAUACAUUUCCAAGAUCAAAAUGAUUGUUCUGCGUUAACUUCAAAGAUGCCAGGCCUCAUGAUUCGUAAUGAAAUGUAAAAUUAUUUAUUAAAGAUUUGCAUGUUGGUUGGGCUGUAGUUAAAUAAGUGAAAUUACACAUUCAUAGUUUCAGUAUGCUGCUGAACCUAUAGUAGACCUUUUCUUAAUUGUUAUGAUGCCAUUAGUAAGGUGGAGGAAGUAUUCAGAUCUUUUGUUCAGACAAGUGUAAUGGUCUUCUGUGAUAACAAAAUACUCAAAUUGAAAUACUUGUUUUUAUAUAAAUAAAAUACUUGUUAUGAUAUAGGUUUUAGUACUAAGUAGUAAAAAAAAAAUGCCCAUGAUGCAGAAAACCGGCUUUUAAAAGUUCUACUUAUAUAUAUUAUAUGAUUUGAUUAUUAGUAGCAUACUGAAGUCAGGUGCAAGUACCUCAAAUUUACACUUCACCGCAGUACAUUACUCUGCAUGAACAGGAUCUGUGACAUCUGCCCUCAUGUUUCUGCAAAUUCCUGAGGAGUCAAUUCAGGUUUAAUCUUGUCGCCCAAUCUAUCAUUGAGUAUCCCACUAUGUAACCGUGCACUCUCUUGCGCUAAUAGCGUAUUUACACUCAGGAACAGGCAAAAAGAAAAUUAUGUAACAUGGGAUGGGAUUUUUGCGUAUGAGGUGCUGAGAAUACAAUUUACCCACCGUCAUAGCUAAGAAAGGGAGCAAUGCCCAUGCGCGAUGUUGUCAACCUCUUACCCUCGAUCACAUGAACAUUCACAAAUACCAAGCUGUGAACUUCAUUUUCGCACAUCCUGCAGGUGAGAUUCGGGCUGGCUGCGCCACAGGCUACGUAAUCAUUUGUACAUUAUCAAUAACGUACGGCCUAACGUCCCGCUGUGUCGCUGCAAAUAUUGUCCAUGUUGGGAGACAUUUGUGACACCCGAGUGGACGUGACUUCUAAGAGCGGACAAGGCGUUUUGGACCAGACAGCAAUAGCCCUUUUUGGAUGUAUCCAGCAUGCAUCGCUCUGCAGAGACAUCAUCACAGUUGUUUUGGGGCUCCCCCCUGUGUGUCUUGUUGAUUGAGGAUCGCAUGUCCCGCGGCUGGCUGCUUGUUUUCAGAGGGGGGUGCAUCUCUGGCCACUGUGUUUGUACAUGAAACAAUCGGGUCCAUCUUUACAGGAGAAAAUGUCCUUCUGUGUCGUACUCACUACCCUUUUUGCCCUUUCUCUUGCUGUGGCUGAAAGAGAAGAAGUUCAGACGGUGUGUGCUGGAAAAGAAUUUCGUCUGCCAGUGUACUCGACAUCCAGAACAGUGACUUUUACACCAAACCCUGAGGGACCAAAGCGCGUCUUGCUGGAAAAAACCACGGUAAAGGACCCACGGUUCGAGUGGACAAGAGAUAAGAUGUUAGUCCUGAAAGAAGUAACUCAUAGUGAUCAGGGACUUUAUGCCAUCAAACUGUUCUCUGGAUUCACCUACGAGACUGUUCGUCUGAUGGUUUCAGAAUGCAUUAAGUCCUACUACAGAAACUAUGGGGAGAACUUUGAGCACAACAUCCCUGAAAAUGGCUCCCUGCUGGAGUUUUCUCCCCGGGGUGCUCCACCUGAGGUCAUGCCCAUUGUACUUUGGAACCGGACGGACCCUGAAACCAGUGAUGCGGGGCGGGGACGGCUGCUGCGGAGCGGGAAGGUAUGGGUGGCCGAGAGAGUGACGCAAGUGGACCAAGGCGACUACACUGUGAGAGACACACAGGGGAAGGUGCUGUCCCGCAGCACCCUCACUGUCCACGCAGGGCACUCCUUCAGUGUCACCCGCUUCACCAAGGAGUCUCUAAAUCUGCCCCUCUUUCUUCCUGUCCCUCAUGCCCACCUCAUUUUUACCCCCACCCGAAACCCUGAUGAAUCCUCCCCACGGGGCCCUGUGCAGCUGAUCCGCGAGGGCCACAUAACAGACCACGACAUGCGCUACAGGGGCCUUAUCUCCCUGGGCAGGAAUGGUAGCAUCAAUCAGGUUGUCAUAGCGAGGCUAACCUCAAGGCAUGAUGGGGUGUAUGAAAUCAGAGAUGAAGAUGGCAACCUGGUGUCCUCCACCGUCUUGCAAGUGAUCGAAAAGGGGGGCAAAUGGCGAGCACUCCUCAAGUCCAUCACUGUCCCUUCUGGGAUGUUACUGUCACUGGUUGGUGUCUUCCUGUUCUUGAAGCGCUACCCAUGCUGCAGCCUGUCGCGGAUCAUCGCUGGCCUCAGAGGGAACCGCACACCACCAGCCGACCCUCCGAGAGUGGACAUCCAGGACUACAGCCAGCCCAGCCCUGAGCCCUCAGGCUACUACAGUCACUCUCAGCAGCCUGUCACACCAAGAAAAUUGACCCCAAGGACCAGUCCUACACAUACUGGUUACACUCCAGUUAUGGUUCGAACUGUGAGAGCUGAGAAUCAGGAAACACACAGAUUAACAGCUGGGAGCUCCCCUAGUCGUAACUCAAUCAAUGAGAAUACAUCUAAUGAGGAAGAGAAAAAUAUUUCCUUUUCAGUACCCGGGGCUACAGAUUGCCUACAUUUCUUCGAGGACUGUGUUCAAUUCCAGAUCAAGAAAGAUGGAAAUAAGGAAAGGUGGAGCAAAUCACAAGAAUACUUUUCCACACUACCACUAGACACAGACAUUUCUGAAUCCUGCAGUGUUUACACUUCGGAUAAACUGAACUUCUUAUAAAAAAAACAAAAACAAAAACAAAACAAGAGAAUUGGAGCUGAAAUGAGGAAAGAAAUGAGUGAGGUGUGGAAGAAGCAACAGUUUUGGAUUCUCCAAUGGAAAAGAAAGAUUUCACCUGUGCCUUUUGCAUCUUAGUGUAGUUUUAAGGGUUUGGUAUCAAUAUUGCAUGCAAUUUUUUCAUGUAAUUUUACUAAAGCAUGAGUGGAGCAUUAGCCUUCCUGUCUCACAUUACCAAAUUCUUGAUACUGGCUGAUGGUGCUCCUGAAAUCUCCUGCUGUUACCUACCUCCAGACCCUCAGGACCGAUAUUUCCUGCACUGUAUUUGCUGAGUGUCUGUACCUGUAUGUUUGUGUGCAUAAUAGGGCUAUGUAGACAAAGCUGUGAUACAAAUGUUUGCAAAAGGGAACUUUUAAGCACUGUACCUACAGUAACGUAGGUUUAUUUGAAGUGGUUUUCUCCAUCCAUCGUGUUAAUCAUUCCUCACUGCGACAACAAUUAAUUAUCAUGUUAAAUGUCUGUUCUGCAGUGUGUUGAUUUUAUAAUAACAUAGUGCAUUUACCCUCAAGGUAAUUGUAGUUAUAUGAAAUGUAACGUGUUCCACCAAAUAUUGCAAUAGCCUAUUGAUUUGUUAACUUUGUGCACAGGAUAAUAUCACUGUCACCACAUUGUUUUAAUGACAAAAGAGGUUUGACUGCUGCUUUUGCUAUAUCAAACUGUCAUUUCUUAAUCAAUAAAAUUUAUCUUUGACAAACGUUGA